CACAGGCCUUAAAAUAUGCUUUUCUCCCCCAUGAUCUCUUUUCAGCCCUAAUAGAGUAGGUUGUGGUAGAUGUGAGUUAGUAAGAGGCUUGUUGAAUAUUGACUGGAUUAUUAGUGAGCUCAUGACGCACUGCAGCAGUAGUUAAUAAAACAGUUUUUUUUUUUUUUUUUACCGCUUUCUAUUCUAAAACCAUGUAUAAAGACGGAGUGGUGGACAAGAAGAACAGAAAAGAUUUUAUACCUUAUUUUCUAGGACUAGUUUUAGUUUUAUAUUGCACGGUUCAUCUUGUGUCUUUCACUGCAGCAGCAGCUCAGGAGGACUCCCAUUCCAACAGAAAGCGCCGGGCGCUGGAGAAUGAGACAGAGUGUAUUACAACCCAGUCGUCUGAGUUUCCAGAGGGGUUCUUCACACUACAGGAGAGGAAGGAUGGAGGACUUGUCAUACACUUUAUGAUCAUAUUUUACAUGCUGCUGGCAGUUGCUAUAGUCUGUGACGACUACUUUCUACCUUCCCUAGAACUUAUCAGUGACCGUCUGGGUCUGUCUCAAGACGUAGCAGGAGCCACCUUUAUGGCAGCAGGCAGCUCUGCUCCUGAACUGGUCACUGCCUUUCUGGGUGUGUUUGUGACAAAGGGAGACAUCGGUGUGAGCACCAUCGUAGGAUCAGCUGUCUACAACCUCCUGGGGAUCUGUGCUGCUUGCGGACUCCUGACCAAAGUGGUGGGUCGUCUGACCUGUUGGCCUCUGUUCAGGGACUGUCUAGCUUACGCCAUCUCUGUCUCUGCUGUUAUAGCCAUCAUCUCAGACAACAAAGUCUACUGGUAUGAUGCGGCCUGUCUGUUGUUGGUCUAUGGGGUGUACAUCGUAGUGUUGUGUUUUGACCUGAGGAUCAGUGAGUGUGUUCUGAGGAGGUUCAGCCCCUGCUGUACCUGCCUGGGGAAAGGUUCCGAGGAGCACAGCGAGACACAGCCAUUGGUCGACACCACUCUGAGGGUCCACAGACGUUCUAGAAGCGACAGCGGAAUCUUCCAGGAUGAUUCAGGAUACUCACACCUUUCCCUCAGUCUGCACGGCCUCAAUGAGAUACCAGAGGACCACCAGAGUGUGUUCUCGAUGCCAGAGAACGACCUGAAGCGGAUCCUGUGGGUGCUGUCCCUCCCGGCAAUCGUGAUUCUAUACCUGACGGUUCCAGACUGCAGGAGACGGUUCUGGAAGAAAUGGUUCAUGUUCACCUUCUUUAUGUCCGCUGUCUGGAUCUCAGCCUUCACAUACGUACUGGUCUGGAUGGUCACUAUCGUAGGAGAGACCCUGGGUAUCCCAGACACAGUAAUGGGCCUGACUCUGUUAGCUGCAGGGACCAGUAUACCAGACACAGUGGCUAGUGUCCUGGUCGCCAGAGAAGGUAAAGCCGACAUGGCCAUGUCCAACAUCGUGGGCUCCAAUGUGUUUGACAUGCUGUGUCUGGGUCUUCCCUGGUUCAUCAAGACGGUGUUUGUGGACACGGUCAACCCUGUGGAGGUCAACAGCACCGGUCUGGUCUUCAUCUCCGCCACCCUCCUCCUCUCAAUCGUCUUUCUCUUCGUGGCGGUCCAUAUAAACGGCUGGAAGCUGGACUGGAAGCUGGGGAUCGUCUCUCUGUUCUGCUACGUCGUUUUUGCCACUCUGGCCAUCCUCUACGAACUGGGCAUCAUUGGGAACAACCCUGUCAGACUGUGCGGCGACUGAUGCACACACAGAGACAUACAAUAACACACACUAACACACAGGGCUGCUGCAGGCCGCACUCAUCAGACUGUGUAGUGGCUGAGUGGCAGAGAUGGAGUCCACACUCCAGCCCUCCCCCAGAACCAGGCUACCCAGAACCAACCUCUUGACACUUGACCAUUUAUACAAAACCCAGAUACAGGGCCCAGAUUCCCAGUCCCAGAGUGCUGAUAUAGGAUCAGGUCCACCCUGUCCAUGUCAUCUUAUUCAUUAUGAUCUAAAUCAGUGGUAUUCGAAGUCGGGUCGCGACCCCACUUGCAGUGGUGUUUGUGGACACGGUCAGAAUAGGAGUGUUGGAUCACCAAAUUCAAAGAAAUAAAUAAAAUGUUUUUUUUUUACAAAAACUUAACAGCACAUAUUAUAUGGGAAACUAUAUUUUUUUUUUGAGAAAGAUAAUUUGAAAAAUAAAAUAGCAGAGUACAUUUUUUUUCUUCUUUUCGUUUCAAUAAGAGAUAAAAUGCAAUGAAUUUAAGGUUAUUUGUUGAUGUAAAAAUCUAAAUGUACAGAUAUUAAGGUGGGGUGGCAAGAAAUUCUGGUGAAAGAAAUGGGAUCCCCGCUGAAAAGGUUUGAAUAACACUGAUCCUAGACCAACACUCCUACUCUGACACGCUUUAUGGAUACAGGCCCAGGACUUUGGGUGCCAAGACCAAGAUAAUGGCUACAUCUCAAAUGACACCUUCCCCAACUUAGGUCUCUGGUCAAAAGAAGUGCACUUAAAUGUAUGUAGGGCAGGGGUAUUCAACUCUUACCCUACGAGGUCUGGAGCCUGCUGGUUUUCUGUUCUACCUGAUAAUAUAUUGCAGCCACGCCUAAAUCACUUCCUGAUUAGAGGGGAACAAUUAAAAAAAUGCAGUGGAACUGGCUUCAAAGUCCAGAGUUGAGUUUGAGGGGUGCAGGGUGUGAUUUGAGAUGCAGCCCCACGCAGACUCCAUACUACCUGCUGAGUGAGAAUGAUCCAGCAACACUGCCUUUGACCUCUAACUCAGGAAAUAAAGCUGCUCUUUAAUAUUCUAUGGGACUCUGGUAAUGACAAGAUAAGGAUAGCAUUUACAUUUUAGUCAUUUAGCAGAAGCUCUUAUCCAGAGCGACUUACAGUUAGUGAGUGCAUACUAGCAGAGAGGAAGAGGCGAAGCAAGAGCGAUAACUGGGCCCAAAUGUUGUUUUUUGCUCAACAAGCAGUUUUUGUAUGGAGGUCAAUGAGUUUCAUAUUUGGUCACCCAAAAAAAUUGAAUGGCCUAUGCUUAGGUUAUGAGUGUACUGAUAUAAGUAGGACACGUGACUUCCCAGCAACUUUGAGAAAAAAAAAAACUUUAUAAGGGGGAUGUUGCGUCUGUACACCCACAUUUCUGCCCUCUCAUUUGCUAGAAUGGUCCCACCUGAUCUUGCCUCCUCCGACUGCCUUGCAUUUUUAAUUGUUAGAGCAGCCACUAGAGUCUGGUCAAUAUAAUGGAUAAUCUGUCAUUACUCAACGCUGGUGAACGAGGAAGGGAAGGAGGGAGGGGGUGUUGUCCAGGCAGAACAGAUAAGCGUUAACAAGCAGCCUGUGUUGCGCAACAGUAAGGAGAGUGAGGACAGGAUCGUAAAGAGAAGAAACCCAAAAGUUUCCACUGGUCUUCUUAUUUUUAUUUAACUAGGCAAGUCAGUUAAGAACAAAUUCUUAAUUACAAUGACGGCUUACCCCGGGCCAAUUGUGCGCCGCCCUAUGAAACUCCCAAUCACCCGGCGGAUUGUGAUACAGUCUGGAAUUGAACCAGGGUCUAUAGUGAAUCCUCUAGCACUGAGAUGCAGUGCCUUAGACUGCUGCGCCACUCGGGAGCCCACUCGAAAGUCUAUAUGGCCUGAGAGGGGACAAACAUUAACGAUGACUCAGUCAGGACAGAGAGACGGAGCCUGAAACUACUGUUCAAGUUAAAGGCAAGAAAGUAUCCAUUCAGUUGUCCACUUCAUGAAGACUCCCAGUGUAUACUAGCCAAAGAUCCUAUUACAUUAUUGUAGUAUUCUAGUUCUAUGAUACUAGCAAACUAAACAUUUAUGGACACUAGUUUCUCACAUAUUUUGUCAAAGUGAGCCAUUAUACCAGUUAACUUGACUGGUUGAUUCUCCUACACCAUUGUGGUCUAGUUACCUACGGUGUAGAAAAGGUAAUCUUCAGUGCUAUUUUGGCUAGCCCCAGAGGACACAGUGUUACAAUGGUGUACAAGUACAAUGACACUUGCAAUUUAUUUGUGGUGUUUCACCUGCAAUGAACCUUUGUAUUCAAUUAAAACGCACCCACACAACCCUGCUGUGAACUGGCCAGUAGCCUUUGAUCCCAUAAUAACAUUUACAACUACUAAGUAAAAAAAUUAAAACGUUUAUUCAUUCAAAUAAACUUAUGACCCACAAAAAAAAAAGGCUUACAAAAAAAAGUAAAGAUUAAAA